UAUGGCUGAUGAAUUGGCAGAAUUCUAUAAGGAAGUCCUAAAACUAAUAUCUCAUUUAUGUUUUGAAAAUAAAAUUACUGAAGAUCAAAAAUCAGAGUUAAAAAAGUUGAUAAUGGAAGAUGAGGAAUUUGUAGCUUAACUCAAAGAAGAAUAUGAUAUAGAAGGCUUGAAUGGGUUGGAAAACAUCAUUGUAGGAGACUCUAUAUCAAAUUCAAGCUUCAGAGAUUUAAUGGAUUUUAAUUAAGAAAAAAGGAAAAGAUCCUAAUCGUUAACAAUUUAAACAGACUCUUCGGAAUGAGUCAGUUCUAUAAUUCUUAGGAAUGCUAACAUGAUUUUGAUUUAUGUUAUAUUUGUACAUAAACAACCAAAAUCAAAAACAAAAACAAAAACAAA